AUGUCACAGUACAGACCCUCCGCCACUGUUUCCAAUCACAUUCUUACAUACCUCCAGAUCUUCGAGAAGUCGUCCUUCAGCCAGGAAGUCGGUGCCGCCGUCACCAUGGCCACACCAAUGACUCGCAUCAUGCGAUCGUGGGACAUUGACCUUGAGUCUGCUGGAGCGACGACCUACCUUCGUACGCAGAUCAAGACCGCCGCCAACCUCUCGCCCAUCACGCCUCUCUUCGACGGAAACUACGAGGCGAAGUACGGAUUUCCGAUGUACACCCUGCACCGCGCCGACAUCCACUCCACCCUCCGCCAGGCCGCUACCUCCCCCAACCGACCCGGCCGGCCCGCCAAACUUCGCCUCUCCUCCCCCAUUGCUUCUUACGAUGGCCAAGCCGGCUCCGUAACCCUUAUGGACGGCACCACCCACACCGCCGACCUGAUCAUCGUCGCCGACGGCCUACACAGCACGGCGGCAUCCUACGUCAACUCUCACCAACCAUGCCCCAUCAUCCCUAAAGUCCAAACGGUCAUCCGCUUCCUCAUCCCCUCCUCCGCCAUCACCGCCGACCCUAUCACCGCGCCCAUCCUCCCCGGCACCAACGAAAUCAACUUCUUCUUCGCCAAAGACCGCUACAUCAUCCGCUACCCAUGCCGUAACGACACCCUGCAGAAUUUCGCCAUGUAUAUCAACGACCCGCCGUCCCCUUCCUCUCCAACCACAAAGCCCUCAGAAACCCACGCAGACAAGCACAACCAACACAUCACCGCCUCGGACCUCACCGCCGCAAUGAAAGCCGGCGGCUUCGGCCCAGCACUUUUGGGUUUGGUGGACAAGAUCCCCUCUUCUUCUUCUUCCUCCACAACGACGAAUACCGACAGCGCCACAACAAAUCUCCUCCCCCUCUGGCGCACCUACGACCGCCCACCUCUCCCCCACUGCACCCGCGGCACACUCGUCGUCAUCGGCGACGCUGCCCACCCUAUGCUCCCACACAAAGGCCAGGGUUUUGUUAGUGGUGCGCAGGACGCGGCUGCACUCGCCACCCUCUUUGCGCCUUCCAGCAGUCAAACAAGUGUAGAGCAAAAGCUAGCACUCUUCGACGAGCUCCGCAUCCCCCGCACAGGCGUAAUGCAGAUCUACUCGAGCGUAGACCUAACAGGGAACCCGUGCGUCAAGACGCCGGAGGCGAGGCAGUGGGUUGAGAGGGUGUACAAGGAGAGGGGCUGGAAGGGAGGGUACGGGAAUGUGGAUGGGAACGCGUUGCCGAGUGAGGAGGGAGGCGUGAAUGAUGAUGUGCUGGAUUGGAUUCUGCGGUAUGAUGUUGUUGAGGACGUGAAGCAACUCAUGAAGGAAAGACUGGACCCCAUCAAUGGCAAGGCUUGA